UUGAUACUUCUCCUGUAUAAACUCUAUGUCUAAACAUAAAUCUACCUACCGUUGUUUCUCUAGUUUUCUCUCUGGUUCAAGAAUCGAGACAACGCCGCUACCGCUGCUUCUUGACGCCGGCAAGGCUAGAGGCCGCCGGCGUCGGGAAAUCUGCUACAUCUUCCUCAUGGUUUCUCUCGCUCCAAGUCAAAGCUCUCGUCUUGUUUCUUGCUUCGCACUUACUCAAUCAGUUUCUCUAGAUCUGGGGCCGUCGAAACUGGAGCAAACCUUCGUGGUCUCUGCUCAGGUUUUCAAGACCACCGGAACUGCAUCCUUCACCGGGGUCUCCCGAAAAAGCUGUACAAGGUCCACCUUUCACCUCCUUCCCUACUCUGAGUUCGCCCUUCACAUGUGCUUCAGAUCUGAGAGGCCCUCCGUGGGAUGUUCCGGAUCUGAGCUACGCUCGGAUAAAGAUCAAAACUCAGCCAUAAAGAACACUUCAGGCCACCGCAGUGCAUCAUCUUUGAGUUAUAAACGGGGUUCCGUUUCUCUUCUCGGCGGCUGCUCAACCCCCAACAUUCCAAAUAUCAUAGCAUUCUCUCCUCCAUCUUGCGCCACCGUCCUUCAUCCCGACAACGAAGUGCUCCUUAGCUUUGCCACACACACCCUUGUCUACAAGCUCAGACCCGAUGUUCUCCGUUCCAGCUCCGCCUCCCACCCCGGUUCUAGGGUUUCUCCAGCCAGGCUGGUUGUUAAUGGGCCGAAUUUCAAUUGUUUGUGGGCCUGGCCCAGUACCACUAAAGAAGGAAGCGGCCCUUUGCUUAGUCAGUCAAUACCCACUGCAUACGAGAGUCAACUAACCACGGCGGUCUGUACGGGGCCAGAAGGUGCAAUCGAGACUACUUCGGUUUCUCUCGUUGGUGAGGGUUGGCUUUCAACGUCACAACAUAAGGUGACUAAAUCUCAGCUGUCGGACCGUGUCUUACAUGCUUCCUCGACGCAUUCAAGCUUUGUCUUGAAUUCGCUGUCAUCUUCUGAUGAAGAAUUAUCAUGUUUAAUCUUAAUUGCUGUUGUAGCUUAUGUUUAUUUUUCAAGAGGAUGUUUAAUUCCCUCUUGUUAUUGUAGUUCUUCGAGUUGAUUUAAUGAAAAAAAGUUUGUGUUCAAAAAAAAAAAAAA